ACGCAUGUCAAGAUGGCAAAGUUGUCAGGGAUAUAACAACAGCAGGCUAACCAAGCAGCAUUUCAGCUAACAUCAACUCAUGCAUGUGUGGCUGCUCUGUAUCUCCAGACAGUGCAUCCAUAAGAGGGUACUUUGAUGAAAGGUGUGCCCUCAUCCAAGCAAAAUGAGUCUGGCUCUACAUGAUCUCCUGGUUUGCUGCAGGGGGUUGGAGAAUGACAAAGCAACAGAGAGGAAGAAAGAAGCUGAGCGCUUCAGACGGCUGCUGAGAAGUCCAGAUGUUGUGCAGGAGCUGGAUCGUGCCUCAGGAUCCAAAGCUAAAGGCUCCAAGCAACUCACAUGGGAUGCUGUUUUCAGAUUUCUACAGCGUUAUGUCCAAAAGGAGACAGAAAGCAUGCAAUCAAGCAAAUCCAACGUCACAGCAACUACUCUGACUAUCCGGAAGAAGAAGAUGGCAGAAGUGUGCAGCUUGAUCAAAUACUUCAUUCGUUAUGCAAACAAACGCGGGCCUUAUCUAAAGUGCAGUGAGAUACUGAAGCAUGUGAUGGACGUCCUGCACGACUCAUACACCUGUUCAGCCUAUGGAGAAGAUUAUAGCAGUCUCUUAGUAAAGGACAUCCUCUCUGUCCGCAAGUACUGGUGUGACAUCCCUCCUCAACAGUGGCACAAUCUUCUGGACUUGUAUUGUGAUUUGUUCAACUCUUCAUCCAAGUCCAUCAACCGUGUCCUGGUGAGCAGAGUGAUCCACACCCUGGUGCAGGGCUGCUGCAUGCAGACUGAAGGAUUCAACCACGCUCUGUUCGGCUUCUUCUCCAAAGCAUUGAUGAAUGCCAGGCAGGAGAAACACUUGACUGUUUUGGAGCACCUGGUCUCGGCUCUCAACAUCUUCUUGAGGUGUGCGGCCAUGAACUGUCGGAUGAGGGUGUGUCAGCUGGGAGAGGAGCUCCUGCCGUCUGUCCUGUAUGUUUGGGCGGACAUGAGGCCCAGCGCGGCUCUCAAAGAGGAGAUCGUGGAGUUCUUCAACCUGCAGAUCUGUGUUCACCACCCCCAAGGAGCCAAGGCACAGGAUACAGGAGCUCAUGCUGAGGACUGGAGCCGGUGGCGCAGUCUGCUCUUCAACCUGUACGAGGCUUUAAUCAGAGAGAUCAGCCAUUUAGGCAGCAGGGGGAAGUACGUCACAGGGACCAGACACAUAGCCGUCAAAGACAACCUCAUUGAGCUCACAGCGGACAUCUGUCAUCAGCUGUUCAGUGAGGAUAAUGACGCCCACGUCUUGGAGGUGACCCAGGCCUCCCUCAGAGCCUCCCACAUGAGCAGUCCCACCAAAGGAGCCGCCAGCAAGCGGCGCCGCAUCGAGCUGGGCUGGGAGGUCCUCCGGGACCACCUGCAGCCGCAGAACAGUGACUUUGAUGUCAUACCAUGGCUGCAGAUCACAGCCGUGCUCACCUCUAAGUACCCGUCCAUGGUGCCGUCCCAGGAGCUGGUCCCGCUGCUGUCCGUGUUGCUUCAGUUCCUGUUGGAGCAGCGGAGAGGAGAGAGGGGCCCGUACGUGCUGCGCUGCCUGACGGAGGUGGCCUGCUGCCAGGCCCGCCACCCGGAGAGGACCCAGGUCCACCGGGCGGAGCUGUCCCGGCUGUGGGGGCGGGUCUGGCUCCUGGCCCUGAGAGGGGUGAGCUCUCCCCAGACAGAUGCCCUCAGCCUGGACCUGCUGAGCUCCAUCGUCCACGGGGGGCUGAUCAACAUGGACAGAGAGUUCUGGAAGCUCUUCUCUGGAUCAGCAUGUAAACCGUCCCACGCUGCUGCUCUCUGUCUAGCACAAUCCCUGCUAAAGUGCUCGCCCCCAAAAAGUAUCACCCCCAGUUCGGGCUGGGACUGUGUGGGGGUCUCAGAAGGAUCACUGAACCUGAAGGAGACCCUCAUCGCCUGGCUGCUGAUGAGCGAUCAGAGCGAUGAGAUGGAGGAGAGCUCCAGACCUCACCCCAUCAUAUGCAGAGACUUUCCGUACAAUCUAAUAGCGAACAUCCUGGUCUCCCUGACCCUGAAGGACACCAGAACUGGGCUGAAGUUUCUGCUGGGUGCUGAAGGGGUAGAGAGUGCCUUUUUUCAAGAACAAACCUCCUCUAACGGUAAAGACAACCUGGAAGAGAUCGAGAGGCUUUACCUGCAGUUCAGCUUCAACACUCUGCCCUCACCGCUGCAAGAGUUCGACGGAUCAGUGAAGACGUCUGAAACUGACGGACAGUUUGCCGUCGUCCCCGGCCUCAGGAACAAGCUGGAGCAAUCCCUGCUUUGUGUGGCGGACAACCUGCUCAACUGCUUCUCUCCGGAUUCUCAGGCGACCCCUCCGGAGUGUCUGGUGCGCUGCUUCAGUCUGCUGACAGGGGUUUUAGCAGCGUACGUGUCCUCUGGGUUUCUGAGUGAGGAGGAGGCCUGCCGCUCACCGCUCUUCACUAAAGCCAAGGCUCUGGCCCGGGACUUCAGCGGUUUUGUUUCCGGUGUGAAAGUGAAGAUGGCAGAGGAAGGAACCAUGAGCACACUGAGGUCCGUCAUGAAGCUCUGCACACAGUCAGCCUGCAGAAAUAACAAGGAUAAAAUCUGCCCCAUCUGGUCCACUCUGUUCAUUAUGAUUCUGCCGGCCAGUCUGCUCAGUGAACUGGCUGAGAUCUGCAAACUGUUGCUAAGCAGUGUCUCAAAGAGAGUGAGUGUUCUGGAUGAAGACGAUCACAUGGAGGAGGACUGGGACGUGACCAGAACUCAACAAGGGGACGACAUCGACCUGUUUGAGGAGGGGGAUGAGUCCACCAGCAGCAACGGGACCCACAGACAGCAGGGAGAGGGCAGUGAGGGCUCCUGUGGGCCGGGUGCAAAGAGUCUGUUAGCAGAGGAUCAUCUGGCCCAGCAGGACCUGGCUCUGCUGGCCGUCCUGGACUUCCUGUGUGAGUGCGGCUCCAUGCAGCCCGUCCACGCUCUGCUCUUCAAACCGCAGGAGGUGCGGCGCCGGCUGCUGCUGCUGGCCGAGCAGGUGGACUUCAACAAGGCUCUGCACCUCAACAUGUACCUGCUCCUGCUGAAGAAGCUUCCUGCGGAGGACUCGCUCUCUCCGGAGGAUUUUGAUACAUUGCUUCGUCCUCUAGCGGACCUGUGUUCUCUGCACCGUCAGGACCAGGAGAUCUGUGCCGCUGUCCUGCUGGGUCUGUUACCCUCCAUCAUGAGCCUCGGGAAAACCCAACACAUCCCAGAGGAGAUGAGACACGUUCAGGGGUCUCUGCUGCAAGUGCUGUCUGGAUUCUGUUUCCUGAGCCAAACGGGGAAAUGUGUUGCAGCUGUACGAGCCGCUUUAGUGAGAUGCCUGGUUGCCUUGCUGGAGGCCGACCCGUGUUGUGAGUGGGCGGUGUUGAGCAUCAGAGAGGAGGAUCGCCCCGUGUCCGUCCUCCUCCCCUCUCACCUCGCCGACGCACACCACCAGGUCCGCAUGCUGGUGGCCAUGUCCGUGGAGAGGUUGUUUCUUGAGAUGAGACCAGGACGUUUGGAUAAGAGGAAGAUGCUGCCGCUGAAACACCAGUUGUUUCUUGAGAUGAGACCAGGACGUUUGGAUAAGAGGAAGAUGCUGCCGCUGAAACACCAGCAGGCGGCUUUCGAGAACGUCUACCUGAAGGCUCAGGAAGGAAUGAGGCUCCCAAGGAGCAGCUCUGCAGAGGGGCAGCAGGACGAGGUGUUCAACAGGAAGGCGGCGCUGCUGAAGAGUCUGUCUGUGGUGAUGUGCUGCAGCCCCGUUUGUGAGAAGCAGUCUCUGUUCGCCCUCUUCCAGUCCUACAAGGAGAACAACAUCGAGGAGCAGCUCAUCAAGAAGAUGUUGUGCAGUGUUUCCAGAGCGCUGGGCUACAGGAGCGUGAAAAUGUUUGUCAGCUCUCACCUGUACUACCUGGUGGCUGAGUGGCUCGCGCAGAGAGAGUCUGACGAUCGCUACACCCUGGGAUCCUUCCCCUUCACCCUCCUGGACCACAACGCACUCCAAGAGUUCUACAAGUCCUCCUACCAAGUGUUGAUCCCCCACCUGGUCUUCCUGGAUGACUUUGAGCAGGUGAAGUCAAUCGGCAGGUACCUGGAGAAGGACUGGAAAGAGCUACUGGCAGACUGUUUCCCUAAGAUCAUGGUCAACAUCCUGCCGUACUUCGCCUUGUCGGGCCAGGAUGCUCAGGUGGCUCAGAAGAGAGAGAAAGCUCACAAAGUGUACGACCUGCUCAAAGACGCCAGCUGUCUGGGUAAACAGCAAAUAGACAGUCUGAUCCAUAGUAACCUAGCGGACAUAGUGGUGGAGCUGCUGAUGACUCUGUAUGAAGGAAGUGAAGAGGAGAAAGGAGACCUGAAGUGCUUCAUAGGUGAACUGGACCCCGUACCAAACCCACCGUACUUCAGCUCUUAUGUGAUUAAAGCGACACUGGACUACCUCAGCAAGUGUCACAGCGCAAACCACAAGUCUUUGGUCGCCGUCUUGUCAAAAACACCGGUGGCUCUUUCUGUCAGUGGUGGAAAGACCCUGCUCCGAGCAGUGCUUCAGUGUGACGAGGUUUCAACCCGCAGCCUCUCUCUGUGCUGCGACCUCUUGACCUCUGUGUGUCGCGCCGCGCUGCAGUUCUGUGACGACGCUCUGGACUGCCACCUGCAGGUCAUCGUCGGGACGCUCACCGCUCAGGUGACCAGCCGGCCCGCCGUCACGCAGCAGGUGCUCAGCCUGUUGCAGUUCCUGGUGAUAGACAAUCAGCAGAAGUUGAAAGGAGCCAUCAGCCAGUUGGAGCCUUUCCCGGACCUCCCUGAGUUCAGAGAGCUGCGGUCUGUGCAGCACAAGCUCAAAUACAACACUGGGACCUUCACACUGAGAGAGGAGAUAGCCCACUUCCUCUCUGUGACGUCAUGUGACUCCUUACCUCUGACCCGACUGGAGGGUCUGAAGGAGCUGACCCGGCAGCUGCACGACAACAAGGACCAGAUCAGAGAGCUGCUCAAAGAGUGCCAAGCCGAGCCCUCUGACAGUAUGCUGGUGAAGCUGGUCCUCAGUCUGCUGCAGCUCUGUAAGCUCGCUGUUAACCACCCCGGAGGAGCUGACAUUCUGGAGGCGGCGGGCAGCUGUCUGGGAGAGCUGGGUCCGGUAGAUUUCUCCACCAUCGCCCUGCUGCACGGCAGAGACCCCCUCUAUGAGAAAGCUGUUUCUCUCUUCAUCUCCACUGAGUCCCAGUGUCUUUACAUCAUCCUCAACUGCAUGAACGAUGCACUCACACAACAGCGUAUUGAGGUGAGGAAAGCAGCUGGUCAGUGUUUGAAGAACAUCCUCGCAACUCAGUCCGGAGUCGACUUCUGGGCGCAACACAAAGACAACAGAGACCCCAUGCUUACCUACCUCAACCCCUUCAGAAAGGCCAAGAAGACGGGUGCAGCUGUGAGUGAGGAGGAGAGUUUGGGGGCGAGGCAGAAGCUGGAGAGUCAGGACUUCUGGAUCCCCCGGGCGGGCGGACACAAGGCCUGGCUGAAGGCUCUGUGCACCGCCCUGCUGGACAGCGGGGGGGUCAGGAGUGAAGCUCUGCUGCUGACCCGACCGCUAUGUCUGGUGAGGGUGGACUGCUGUCAGAGGCUGCUGCCGCUCAUCAUCCACUCCGUCCUGAUGGACGAUGUGAACGGCUCCUGGAGGCAGCUGCUCUCCUCUCACAUUCAGGACUUCUUCAGCUUUUGUUCCAGAAGCGCUCAGGCCUCCAGCCGCACCGCAACACCUCUCAACUCUGACUCUGAGUCCGACGCUGCCAGUCAGGGCUUGUACGAUAAGACCUCUCUGCGUACCAUGCUGGCUGUCAUCGACUAUCUGAGACACCAACAGAGAUCACUGGAGGCGGAUAGUAAGUCCUGCAGCACGGUGUGUGACUCCAACUUCUGGCUGGAGCUGAACUACCUGGAGGUGGCCAAAGCGGCUCAGUCCUGUUCGGCUCACUUCACCGCUCUGCUGUACUCCGAGAUCUACGUGGACAAGAUCAAAGCUAACAUGGAGGAGGGUCGGAGAACCAAGGCCAGAGCUUCCCGUAGGAUAAAUUUAGAGGAGAACAGCCAGAGCUUCACCAUCUCCAGCCUGACGGAGAAGAGCAUGGAGGACACGAACAUUAGCCUGCAGGAGCUGCUGAUCGAGGUGUAUCGCAGCAUCGGGGAGCCUGACAGUCUGUACGGCUGUGGGGGGGAGACGCUGACCAGUCCCCUGACCAGGAUUCGAACCUAUGAGCACGAGGCGAUGUGGGGUAAGGCCCUGAAUUCAUACGACCUUCACUCCACCCUGCCAGAGGUCACUCGACAAGUGGGAAUUGUGGAGGGCCUGCAGCACUUUGGUCUGAGCAGCAUCCUCGCCACCUACAUGAGGGGGCUGGAGAGCGAGGGGCUGGAGUGGGGCGCCGAGCUGCGAGAGCUCCGCUUCCAGGCCGCCUGGAGGAACACUCAGUGGGACUGUGAGCUGACGGAGAGGAGCGAGAAAUCCAAACUGGGCUACCAUGAAUCUGUGUUCUGUUCCCUGCAAGCACUGAGGGACAAAGAGUUCUCCCUUUUUCAUGAAACUAUGGAACAGGCUAGGGGUGCGGAGGUGGAGGAGCUGUGCAGAGGCAGUCUGGAGGCGGUGUCCUCUCUGUACCCGGCCCUCAGGAACCUGCAGAGCAUCAGGGAGCUGGAGAGUGUGAAGCAGCUCUUCAGCAGGCCCUUCUCAGACGUGUCCCUGCGGGCGGUGUGCAGCCGCUGGCGGCAGAGCUCCCUGCUGCUCGCUGACAGCGACUUCUCUCUGGUGGAGCCCAUCCUGGCCGUGCGCUCUGUGGCCCAGCAGACCCUGAUAGGCAGGGUGGGAGACCCCGACAGCUCCCAGUACCUCAGCUCUGUGCUCACUGAACACCUGAUGGAGCUCUGCAGGCUGGCCCGCACGGCCGGGAACACACAGGUUGUGUGUGUGUGUGUAACACUGGAUAAAAUGAAGGCUCUAAAUGUGCUUUUGUGGGUCACUUUUUUUUUCUCGGCUGACCUUUGCCCUCUGGUACAGGGUCAGGACGACCUGCGGCAGGACGCUGUGAUGCAGCAGGUGUUCAGCAUGUGCUCCAUGCUGCUGCAGCGAAACACGGACACUCGCAAGAGGAAGCUCAACAUCCGACGAUACAAGGUGGUGCCGUUCUCGCAGCGCAGCGGGGUUUUGGAGUGGUGUUCUGGCACCGUGCCGAUCGGGCAGUUUCUGAUCGAUGCCAGUAAAGGAGCCCACAAGCGCUUCAGACCGCAGGACGCCACCAACCUGGCCUGCCGCAGGAAGAUGAAUGAGGCUCAGAAGCUGGCGUUUGACGAGAAGCUGCAGGCGUUCAGCGAGGUGUGCCGCAGCUUCAGGCCGGUCUUCAGGUAUUUCUGCAUGGAGCGAUUCCUGGACCCCGCGGUGUGGACGGAGAAACGUCUGGCGUACACUCGCAGCGUGGCCACCUCUUCCAUAGUCGGCUACAUCGUGGGCCUGGGGGACCGACACAUCCAGAACAUCCUGGUCGAUGAGCAGACGGCUGAACUGGUGCACAUCGAUUUAGGUGUGGCAUUCGAGCAGGGGAAGAUCCUCCCCACCCCCGAGACCGUCCCCUUCAGACUGUCCAGAGACAUCGUGGACGGGAUGGGCAUCACCGGAGUGGAGGGGGUCUUCAGGAGAUGUUGUGAGAAGACUAUGGAGGUGAUGAGGAACUCUCAAGAAGCUCUGGUUACUAUUGUCGAGGUGCUGCUGUACGACCCUCUGUUCGACUGGACCAUGAACCCUCUGAAGGCGUUCUACCUGCAGCACGACGAGCAGCAGGAGCUCAACGCCACGCUCGGCUCCACCAUGGGGGGGGAGGACAUGGACAACUCCCGGAAGUCCCGCGACAGUCAGAGCUACAACAAGGUGGCGGAGCGGGUGCUGCUGAGGCUGCAGGAGAAGCUGAAGGGGGUGGAGGGGGGCACGGUGCUCAGUGUGAGGGGGCAGGUCAACCUGCUCAUCCAACAGGCCAUGGACCCCGAAAACCUCAGCAGACUCUUCUCCGGCUGGCAGGCCUGGGUGUAGACGGAGAGGAACGAUGGGGGAACGGACAUUUUGUAUUUCUGCUCUGAUGAUGAGUUUCUUUCUCUGCUUCUGCCAAAGAAACUCUUUUUAAGAAGUCAAACUAUUUAGAAAUGUCUAGAUUGCAGCUGGUGUCACUCUGCAUCUUUUUGUUAAAGGCAUAAUCUCAGCACUGGGCAGAAACCCCCCAAACCUACGGAGAGGAUUAGAGCCACGUGUGAAUUUCUUUUUCAAAUCUGACCAAAUGUUUUUUUUGUUUUUUUUGUUGUGAAAGUCAGGAGAAAUGAAUUGACAUUCUUUUUUGAUCUUUCAUUCUAAUAUUAAAAACUGAAUUCUGACAUUUUGACCUUGAACUCUGAAAAAAAGUCAGAGAAAUCAAUUUUCAGAUUUAUGGAAUUUUCAUUAAAAAACUGAAAUUUAUAUUUUCCUCACAAUUCUGAAUAUUUUCUCAGAACUGAAGAAAAAAAAUGCAACUUUGGUCUCAACUCAAAAACAAAUGCACAUGUGGCCCUAAUCCUCUUUUACACACAAUAUUUUUGGUUUGGUCAUUUUUUACAAAAGGCAGUUCUUUAUUGUUUUUCAAACUAAAAUGGACUCGACAGAUGAGCCACACAUUGUUAUAGAAUAAUACAUUUCUGCUUAGCUUUGCACUUUAAAUCAAAAUAAACCAUAAAUGCUGCAAUAAUCCGAUAAUCUGACCAAAUCUAGAGGGAAUUCACAAAGACUAAGAAGUUUACAGUAUGUUAAAGGUGAAUUAUUUUUUACCCCAUGGGGUGUGAUUGUUUUCAUACUGUUGACUGUAGUAUUACGUUUUGCCAGUGCCUAACAAAUCACUUUACUUUGACUAAAUGCUUUGUGAAUGUAUGAUAUGCUUUAUCCAGCUGGGAUUUAGUUCAGCUCCUUUUUACUAUUAAUUUAGUGAAAUCCAUAAUUAUAUAUACAUGUGUAAGAAAUCUCAAAUGUUUAAAAGCAACUUUAUAAUACUUUUUAUUACGUCCAUGUUGUGUAAAAAAAGCUUGCAACCCUUUAACAUGACCUCUGUGUAGUUAAAUAAAUGA